ACUAUUUUCGCUGCGGAGAACAUGCGCAAAUGCUGAACGCCCGCCAUUAGUAGCCGACCACAUUAGAAUUUGAUUACUUGUGUGUUUGUGCUUUAAUUAUGCUCUGGAGUUGGUUGUAAAAGCGAGCAUUGUUUUUUCCCCGCCGAUAUCAUCAUCAUGCUGCGACAUCUUGUCGUAUGAUGAAGGUUUGAGCAGCACCUGUGGAGUCGCAUUUGUCAUUUGCCAGUGAGACUAUUAAGAUGGGGGCAUUCCUCGACAAACCGAAAACAGAGAAGUACAACGAACGAGGCAGUGGCAAUGGUCUGCGUUACGGCCUUGCCAGUAUGCAGGGCUGGCGCGUGGAGAUGGAGGACGCACACUGCGCUGUCACUGCGCUGCCCGGCGAACUUAAGGACUGGUCAUUCUACGCAGUGUUCGACGGUCACGCGGGCGCCCGCGUCUCGGCGCACUGCGCCACCAACCUGUUAGACUGUAUCAUGCAGACAGACGAAUUCAAGAAGAGCAUCGGCGACAGCGACCCAACCAGCGCCACUGACGCCAUCAAGCAGGGCAUCCGCAGCGGCUUCCUUAACCUGGACGAAAACAUGCGUGAGCUGCCUGAAGUGGCCACUGGCGAAGACAAGUCUGGCUCAACUGCCGUCUGCGCACUCAUCACUCCGCAAACCGUAUUCAUCGCAAACUGCGGAGAUUCGCGGGCUAUCAUAUCCAGAGAUGGAUAUCCUUCAUUCAGCACGCGGGACCACAAGCCAAUUAUGCCAGAUGAGAAAGAACGAAUCCAGCGAGCUGGGGGCAGUGUGAUGAUUCAGAGGGUCAACGGCUCCUUGGCUGUGUCACGCGCACUUGGCGACUACGAGUACAAGAAUGUUGAGGGAAAGGGACCUUGUGAGCAACUUGUGUCGCCAGAGCCCGAAAUUUUUGUUGAGCAGCGAGACGACGCUCGGGACGAGUUUAUGGUGCUUGCUUGUGAUGGCGUCUGGGACGUCAUGUCAAACGAGGACCUCUGUAGCUUUGUUUCCUCCAGGAUGGUUCUGACCGAUGACCUGGAACUCAUUGCCAACCAAGUCAUUGACACUUGUCUUUACAAGGGAAGCAGAGACAAUAUGAGCGUUGUGGUGGUUGCAUUUCCUGCGGCACCAAAAGUCUCCUCCAAGGCCAUAGCACAAGAGGAGGAGUUGGAACAGCAGCUGGAAAAGCAUAUAACCGAACUUGUCGAACAAAACGACAGCAUCACCUUCCAGCAGUUGAUACGAAGCAUGCACGAGUUGGAAAUACCAAACAUACCACCUGGGGGUGGUCUCAGUGCAAAGAGAAAUUUUGUGGAAGAGGUUUUUAAAAAAUUGUGCCCAGACCGAGCCGACAGUAUGGCGAUGGGUGAUGAUGCAGGUGCCAUGAAUUUUCUUAGGACAAUGAUGCCGCGUGCAGCUGAACUCACGGCCGCAGCUAUUGCUUCAGAAAUUUCAAUGGAAGAUGAGGAGCCAGCCGAAAACCAAUAAUCUUUCCUUGUGCCGUCACGCACUUCACGCCCAUUCAAUGUUGUCAUCAAACAAGAAAAAUGGAAAAAAUAUUCAUUUCUGGCCUGUAUUGGAAACGCUGUUUAAUUGUAGCUUGUCUUAUUUUAAUCGUGAGAAGUUUUAACCCUGCCCUGGAGGGGGUUCUUGAUUGUCACUGUAACGGACACCGGAACCACUUGGCUCCCAUGCAAAUUUUUGCAAAGCUCAAUAAUACAUAACGUUUUUGGAGGCGUUGAGUUGUUUUUUAGCGCAACUUAUCCUUUGCUGUUUGGUUCACAGAAAGUUUCUGGGUUAUUAAAUGGGAAAAAUUUUUAAAACAGUGGGUUGAUGUUCUAGAGCCAAUAUCUUCCUCCAUCCACCUCACUUCUUGGGCACUGCGAAAGUCAAAAUCCAAAAGGCUCAGCGAGCGUAUUUCUCUAGGAAGUGACUGCCUCAGUCUUGAGUGUUUAGAAGCAUUGCCAAUUUUGCUGUGUGAUUGCAAAGAAAAUAUUUUUCAAAGUGCAAACGUGGAAAUUACCAGACAUACAUUAAAAUUUUUAAUUGGCCUCUGUCUACGAUUGUUACCAAUUCAAGGCAUGUUUUCUGCAAUUUCAUUUUUGUUUUUUGUUAAUUUCAACUUUCAACUUCUUGCAUUUCCCCUUGUGCUUAAUCAAAAGGCUUAAAUAUUAUGUUGUUUGAUUGCAUUCGACUCUCAGGUGAACCAUGGGGUAUUUUUUCAACCUUGUGUAAAACUAAAAUUGCUCCUUACUUAAAACAGAAAAGUAUGAAAAGUACAUUACGAUGUUUGUAUUUAUUGUUUUAGCAGAGUACCGUGGGCUACUCUUUAAUUUCCAUAAACAGAUCAGAUUAAAAACAAAGUCAGUCGGUUGAACAAUCUGUACUCAAUUUUGGUUUUAAUAACUAGCCAUUAUUUUUGCUGACUGCUGGAAAUCGGAAAUCUUAUCAUUUUAUUACUUCUAGAAAUAAAUAAAUAAAUAAAAAAAGACCAUUUCAAUUUUAUUGUAUUUCCCAAUUGAUAUAUAUUAAUCAACAAAUUCGUGAAACAGCCUUCAUAAUUUUCUACUUAAAUUAUAUGGGCAACUAUUGCUUAAGCAACACUUCUGUCUUCAGUGUCUUUGGCAGUAUCAUAAUCUACACCGUGUAUUUUAAGGUGGGGUUUCAGUUCUUGCAUUGAUAAACAUGCUAGUUUAGAUUCAGCUGUCAAUAAUACAUUUUGCAGGUUGAGAACUUUAAGAUUUUCAAAUCUGACCAGGAUUGAUAUUCCUUUGUGAGUUACUUUUGGACAAC